GCAACCGAGGCAGCUAGUCUCCCACUGUUCCCCUGGGGAGAGUCAGAGGCAUAGUCUAAGCGAUUUACGCCCUCUCCCCUUCGUUAGAAACACGUUACAACUACACAGCAGGAUGGAGGCAAUAGCAGACCCUACAUUAGCUGAAAUGGGGAAGAACUUGAAGGAAGCGAUGAAGAUGCUGGAGGAUGCUCAGAGAAGAACAGAGGAGGAAAAUGGAAAGAAGCUCAUAUCUGGGGAUAUUCCAGGACCACUCCAGGGCAGUGGACAAGAUAUGGUGAGCAUUCUCCAGUUAGUUCAGAAUCUCAUGCACGGAGAUGAAGACGAGGAGCUCCCGAGCACCCGAAUUCAAAAUAUUGGAGAACAAGGUCACAUGGCUUUGUUGGGGCACAGUCUGGGAGCCUACAUUUCAACUCUGGACAAAGAGAAGCUGAGGAAGCUUACAACCAGGAUACUUUCGGAUACUACCCUAUGGCUGUGCAGAAUUUUCAGGUACGAAAAUGGCUGUGCUUAUUUCCAUGAAGAAGAAAGGGAAGGACUUGCGAAGAUCUGUAGGCUUGCCAUUCAUUCUCGAUAUGAAGACUUCGUAGUAGAUGGAUUCAAUGUGUUAUUUAACAAAAAACCUGUUAUCUAUCUCAGCGCUGCUGCUAGGCCUGGCCUGGGCCAAUACCUUUGUAAUCAGCUCGGCCUGCCCUUCCCCUGCUUGUGUCGUGUGCCGUGUAACACUAUGUUUGGAUCCCAGCAUCAGAUGGAUGUUGCCUUUCUGGAGAAACUGAUUAAAGAUGAUGUAGAACGAGGAAGACUGCCUCUGUUGCUCGUGGCAAGUGCUGGAACUGCGGCAGUAGGGCACACAGACAAGAUUGGGCGUUUGAAAGAACUCUGUGAACAAUAUGGCAUAUGGCUUCACGUGGAGGGUGUGAAUCUGGCAACGUUGGCUCUAGGUUAUGUCUCCUCAUCAGUGCUGGCUGCAACCAAAUGUGACAGCAUGACAUUGACUCCUGGCCCUUGGCUGGGUCUGCCAGCGGUCCCUGCCGUGACACUCUAUAAACACGACGAUCCUGCCUUGACUUUAGUUGCCGGUCUUACGUCAAAUAAGCCAGCAGACAAACUCCGUGCCCUGCCACUGUGGUUGUCCUUACAAUAUUUGGGACUCGAUGGAAUCGUGGAGAGGAUAAAGCAUGCCUGUCAGCUGAGUCAGCGGUUGCAGGAGAGUUUGAAGAAAGUGAACCACAUCAAAAUCUUGGUGGAAGAUGAGCUUACUUCUCCAGUAGUGGUAUUCAGAUUUUUCCAGGAAUUACCAGGCUCAGCCUCAGACCCAGCGUGUAAAGCUGUCCCGAUGGCAUCAGAUCCAGUGUCCAAAGCCGUCCCGAUGCCAAACAUGGCACCUUCAGCAGUCGGCCGAGAGAGGCACUCCUGUGAUGCACUGNACCGCUGGCUGGGGGAACAGUUGAAACAGCUGGUGCCUGCGAGCGGCCUCACCAUCAUGGAUCUGGAGAUCGAGGGCACGUGCUUGCGCUUCAGCCCUUUGAUGACGGCGUCAGUUCUAGGCACGCGGGGAGAAGAUGUGGACCAGCUGGUGGCCUGUGUGCAGAGCAAACUGCCAGUCCUGACCUGCACUCUGCAGCUGCGGGAAGAGUUCAAGCAGGAAGUGGAAGCCACGGCAGGUCUCCUAUAUGUUGAUGACCCUAACUGGCCUGGAAUAGGGGUUGUCAGGUAUGAACAUGCCAACGAUGAUAAGAGCAGUUUGAAGUCAGAUCCAGAAGGGGAACAGAUCCAUGCUGGACUCUUGAAAAAGUUAAAUGAACUGGAAUCCGACCUGACAUUUAAAAUGGGCCCUGAGUAUAAGAGUAUGAAGAGCUGCAUUUACAUUGGCAUGACGAGCGACGAUGUCGACGUUUCCGAACUGGUGGAGACCAUUGCAGUCACAGCCCGGGAGAUUGAGGAGAACUCACGGCUUCUAGAAAACAUGACAGAAGUCGUUCGGAAAGGAAUCCAGGAAGCUCAGGUUCAGCUGCAGAAGGCAAAUGAGGAACGACUUCUGGAAGAGGGCGUGUUGCGGCAGAUCCCGGUAGUUGGAUCCGUGCUGAAUUGGUUUUCUCCUGUACAAGCUUCACAAAAGGGAAGAACUUUUAACUUAACAGCAGGCUCUCUCGAGUCCACGGAACACACGUAUGUCUACAAAGUACAAGGCCAGAAGCCUUUUAAAAGGUCUGGGAGAGGUUCCGAUGCUUUGAGUGAGACCAGCUCCGUCAGUCAUGUCGAAGACUUAGAGAAGGUGGAGCACCUGUCCAGCGGCCCUGAGCAAAGCACCCUGGAGGCCAGCAGCCCAGAGCCACACCCAGGAGCGCCCAGUUCCCAGAAAGCUGCCCAGCCCGAGGCCCUCCAGAGGGCCCAGUGCCCUGAAGAUGACCGUCCACAGAUGAGGAAGCCAGGGUCCAGAGAUUUAAGAUACAUACAACCUGUAAAUUCUCACCUCUAAUAUUUGCUUAUCAUCUUGCUGC